UAUACAAGAAACUCGAGUUGUUUAAUUUUCAAUUUCAAUGCUGUUUUGCUUAAAAUUUGCCUACAGUGCCUGCAUGAGUAUAUAGUUUUUCCCAUUGUGAUUACUGUAUGGUAUACUAUAUCUAUCAACCUUUUUAGUUUCACUUGUUUCGUAUCACAACUUAUUCAUUAUUGUAUACAGGACUAACUUUGCAUCAACUAUAAUUAUUGUCAGACCCUUCAUAUACACACAAGCUUAUUCUGUACAGUAUUACCUGCUAUGAACAUAUUUAAAAACAGGUGAUUACAAUUACCUAUCAGAAUAAUAUUGUUUGUAAAGUAGUAUUGGAGGCUGCAUUUUUUAAAAAUUAAAGGUCAGUCAGGUCACAGCUAACGCACAUAACAAGAUAGUAACCAUGGUUUAUCCACAAUACAUUUUAGGUGAAAAGGUACUCGACUCAUAGACUAUUAGAUUAUUAUACGAGUUGUUUAUAGAGUACGUUUCAUCUUCACUGUUUUGCUGCCUAUACCUAUUCAACUCAAUACAAUAGGCUAUUGUGAUUACAUCUGUAGUUUGUAGUACUGGUAUACUACAUCAAUAAGACUAUGCACAAUGUAACCCACAGUGAUUGCAUCUGUAGUAUAGAUCUACCUGUUGUGAGCAUAUUCAUAGCUCUCCUUAAAACAGGUGAUUCCUAUAAGCUAGCUAUAGUCACUACAAGUUGCCAAAAAGCACAGUGAAUAGAUAGCGAUGCAUGGUCUUAGUCUAGUUGAAGCUUUAUUGGUGGCACUAGUAGCUAUUGUCUCCGCUAACUCAACAUGUAUUGGUGACAGAGAGUACCAUCGUUUAGAAGCAUCUCUUCUUAGGUGGCCACAAAACGUGGUGAAUUUGAGUGAAGCCUUCUUUCCGACUAAUCGACAACAAAGCAUUUCGGUUCAAGUUGCUUACCAUUUUAAUGGCUCCAAUGAGACGGUGCGCUAUCGAUGGCUGGACUCACCGAUCAACCUGCUGAUUCGAAGCGAGCUCCUCCACUUCUUAGCUCUCACCAUGUACCAGGUGGAGCUACGCUAUGCUGAUGUCACUAUCGAUCCAAUCUGUGAUUUCCGCUCAGAAAAGGACAUUAGCGGCGAUCCAGAUUUUAUUUGUCGUCCAAACAAUCUUACUGAUCACCAUCUACUAAAUAAUCUGACAGUGAAUCUGCUAUCGUAUGCAAAGCAUCGUAAUAUAGAAAAAACAAAUGGCUUUGACUCAAGUACGGAAAGUGGUUACUCCGUGUACGUGUUUGGCUCUGAUUUAAGUGAUUAUUGCAUAUUUGAUGAAGUAGGUCCCUUUCGAAAUUUGAGAAUCCUUCUGUGGGCUUCUUUUGGAGCACUUGAAAUAGCCGUUACAUUUGCAGCACCAUUGAUAAUGAUUAGCGUUUACCAUGACUUUAAAAGAAAGAUGAACGAUGACAAGUCACGCUUAAGAUAUUAUGUUUGGGCAAUGAUUGUGGUAAUGACACUGUUGAUUGGACCGAUAUACGCAUGCAAUAGUUUGGCCAUAUCCAGUGGCUCCUACUUUGUGGAUGUAAGAGUCGAAACUUACUGUUUAAUUGGUUUUCUUGUUGCUUUACCCAUUUUGGAUGUUGUAUGGGCAGUUAUAGCAAUAGCUGUAUUUAAGUUCUUUGAAAAAGCUGCAUUGAAUGAAAAAGCUAUUUGUCUUGAUUGCUACUAUGUCAACUGCCUUUGUAGACACACGGAUUAUUACUUCAUUGAUUCAGAAGAGAAUGGCACUAGGACCCAAUUGAACAACAAUGAACUGAAUGAAGAUCAACGCAAUGAUCACAGCGAUGAUGAUGAAAGUGAAGUGAGAACUCGUCAGCAUUUGAACACGCGACUGAAAAAAUAUGAACGUAAACUAAUGAUAAAAUUGGUGCUUAAGAAUGGAUUCCACCUAGCUUCAAUAGCAUUCAUCACUUUGUUUGCUCAACUUACUCUCUUCAAUUCAGUUUUUAUAUCCUUUGCAGUUAUAGCUGCACCGGUUGAAUCUGGCUCUCUGUUGUUUUUGUACCUCUCAAGCCUCUUUGCUUUAAUUUCAGUGUUAGCCACUGGUCUGAAAAUAGCACACAAGUUUCAAACCAGCAAACAAAUUUGUAUUGCAUUAAUUUUGCUUUUCUUCCUUAUGGUUGGCGUUGCUGGUGGUGUUGGGGUAUUUGUUAGUUUCGUCUACAAAUACACUUUACUGAUUCAAGAAUAUAGAAACAGCCGUGGAGUAAUUGCUUUUCUAGGACCUAUUGUUCCUUCAGUUCUUGCGACUAGUGUGGGAGGAAUUUUUACCACAAUUAUUCCUUGUAUCAAGAAUCCCCCUCCAAAAGAUGUUCCCUCUCCAAAAGAUGAUAGAAAUAAAGAUGAUCAGAAAAAAGAUGAUCCAAAAGAUGAUAGAAAUAAAGAUGAUCAGAAAAAAGAUGAUCCAAAAGAUGAUGGUGCAGAUAAAGAUGAUCAGAAAGAAGAUGAUUCAAAAGGAGAUGGUGCAGCAAUAAAAGAAGAAUCCUCUGCUGCUUCACUUGAGGCUACUUCACCCCCAUCAGUGGGAGGUGAAGGUUCUACAGAAAUAGAGGUGUUGGUUGACAACUAGUGACUUAUCAGCCAUGGAGCUGUAUUACCAUUGUUUGUUUACAUUAAUACGUACUGCAUUCAUAAUUAUAUACCCUUAUGAUUUAUGUCAUUAUUAUGUGUAUGUGUGUGCACUUGACUAAUGUGUACAUUGUUUACUUAGUUAAUUUGUACUGUAGCUAUGGUUUCUGUUAUAGGUAUGUUAAGUAGGUUAAUUACUUCCUGUGGAGCAGAGCCUCCUUUUGUGUUAACAAUAGAUUCUUUGUUGUAAAGAGGCCCUGCGCGUCUCUCUUGUUUUUGGUGCAUGUAUGAUCUCUGUUUUGUCAGUUGUUACUUUUGUCUAUCUUGUUUAAUGUUAAA